CAAGUUUUACUUGAGGACAGAAGGCUUAUACUUGAUGGUAGUCCCGCCUGCCCAACCGCUCUCUGUCCCUCCAUCAGUUUCAACAGUCUCUUACGUUUAUGUAGAAGACAGAAACACUAAGUAAACGACCUCGACGAGGGAACAUUUUUUAUAGACUCUUUCCUUCAGGAUCACGAUCAGCAUCAGGUUAACAAAAAAAACAGAAUCACAAUCAUAUCUAAAAUUACUCUUACUCCUACGAUCAUCAAGACAAUAACCGAACAAAGUAUGUCGUCGAUACGGCCUUUCGGGCCCCCUGUAGGGAGGUCCCGGACAGCGGCAUUAUAUGCCGCAACUACCUUCUACUCCUCGAUUUCGCCAGUGUUUGGAAUGCACCUCAGCAACGAGCACGCUGCUGCUGUUGCGGAGAAAGUCCUAGACGCUAGAAAAAACAAAGACAGUAUCUUGAUCCUUCCCAUCGCAACUACAUCUCCUACGGAGCACAACAAUGACAAUCUGGAGGUGGAUCACAACAAUGUAUCAGCAGCUGACAUCGAGUUUCAUUUACUCCAAGCAGGAGGAAGCGGAGGGCCUCUGCUGACCCUGCUUGAAAGCGGAGAGGCGUCUGAGACAGAGGCAGAAGCCAAAGAUCAUGCCGCAACUGAAUCGAAGCAGGAAAGCGAAAGCGAAGUAGAGACAGAUAGGGAGCUGCUGAACGUCGCAAGUGGUACUUCUGAAGAUACAACUUCGACUGUGUGGUUAUGCACUAAAAGCAUGAUAUAUAUCAUUCGAUGUAAGUAUUUACUAUCAAUAGUGGAAAGAGAUCCAUCAUCCAACAUCUUGGUUCUUUUAUUUUUGAGAAUCCUCUUCCUCAGUACUUAUCAGUCUUACGACAACUCUACUUCUCAGAUGGCGACAAGUUUGAGACCUCCGACGAGUUGAGAGGUCCCUUACGAUCCGGACACGAGAAUCUAGAAGAGGCAAGUCAAUCGUGGGUGAACUCUCAGCUUCCGCCCAACGUGGACAAGGCAAAGUUGUACUCUCCAUCUAGGAAUAAGCGGCAUGGUGGCAAGCAUGGUAAGAAACAUGCUGGAGGACGUAAAAACGGAGGUGGACAUGAGAGUUAUGGCCAUCACAAGGACACCGACACUGCUACUAUAAGUAUUCUUUUUCUUUGUUUGAUAUUAUCCCUGACUUUCUUUCGUAUUCCUCAUCGUUCUUGCAUAGCACGUUCAUAGUCCAAGUCCUCCUAGCACUAGGACUAGUCACACCUCCAGGAAGUUGUCGUUGUCCUCCUCUAACAUGACCACCGCGGCCACGAGGGCGAGCACGACCACCAUGCCAUCGGUCAUCAUCUUCAGAAGAAGGAUGAACUAGGGAACAAAAAGCGUCACCCUUUCCAUGACCAUCUCGAGAGGCGUAAGUAUGGGAACGAUGGAGAAGAACAUAGUGAGCACACAAGAAAAAACAAAUUUGCAUCAGCAUUGGCAUCUGCAAAGGGGAAGUUAUUAAGGCAAUGACUCUUGUUACCUACUCAGUUGUAGUUCAGGAACUGCUCUUUUGUAAAGCUACUCCUGGUAAAUUCUAUUUCUAACAGAAGAGCAUCAUGUUCGAAAUUCAGUCCCAAUUAUGGCACAUCCGUGUCAAAAAUCAAAAGUGUUUUAAUAGCGGAAGAUCCUCUUAUUUUCUCCAUAAAGAUGUGAAUGUCGAUUCUACUUUUUCAUUUUCAGGGUAAUCCCUCUCCCUGUCCCUCUCUUCUAACCAUUAGCACAUCGGAGGAGCAAGUUCGCCGCAAUCGUCUGAGCAAUAUCAUCGAUCAAGAGCGCGAACACUUCAUGCAUGAAGUUGAGAACCUCCGCAGUCGCGGUUUCAGUCGCCAUCUUCAUGUUAAGGCUUCCCCUAAUGAUCCAUCUUGGAAGUCAUCCUAGGAAGGCAGGAGAGAGGCCCGCAAGAAUGGCAAAACCAAAUAUAAUAGGUACCUAGGAUGGACGCAUACACUUCGAGAUGGAUCAUUAGGGAGGUGAGCUCUAAUCAUGCUCAUGAUGUCCAUAAGGUUGCACAGCGUCACUCCUCAUCUUCUGAACAAGGAGAAAAGCCAUCCUCUGCCAUUGCUGAACUAGAGAAGCGAAGUCCGAAAGCCGUAGCUACUUUGUUAUGGUCAGCUUUUAUCCAUCCUUUUCAGCCUCUUGCCGCGUACCCUUUUCCCGUGUCUUGCUAUUGCAUGGGAAAGGGGUCGAGAUCAUGGAGCCGAGAUGAGCAAGAGUAUAUAUAAGACGACUCUAACCCUGCGUCGUCUUGGAGCUAUGGUUGGCGCUGACCCUGGUGUCCUAGCUUCGCAACUAGAUGACAAGAAAGUUGAGGCUGAACAAGAAGAUCAUGGACAUGAAAACAGCAACAGCGUCAGCAUGCAUACUUAAGGCUCAACUUUCAAUGGUCAUUGGAGUUGGUCACUGAGAUCGAAGAGGCGACCCCUUGAGAGAACAGGGGAAAACGAAGGGAAAGGGGAGAGCUUUGGAGGGGGUCGCUUCCGUUCAGAGUCAGCGGCCAAUGAAUGCCGAGCUUUAACAUACCUCCGAAGACGAUCCACUACAUCUUGAAGAUACUUCAUCUAGUACUGAGGAAGAGGAUGACCUAGUACAUGAGGAAGCGGAAGCAAAUCCCAAUGCCGAAUCUUCAUCCCACAAGUUGCGUCAAAUGCAUCGGCAACUCGCUAGAGCCUUCACAGAGGAGGGCUCGGACUCAGUGCAGGCACACCUGAAACCGAUUCUGAAGCAUUUUGAGCGUGCCAUAGAGCAUGCUGCCCAUCGUGCUGGACCCAAGGCGAAGGAGGAAUACAUGACCUACUACAACGACUACGCUUCUUCUAGUAGAAGAGGUAAUAAGAAUGAUCUUAAGGCUACUUGAUACAAUUCAUCUCCAAGAACCAACGGUGACUGAUGUGUGAUUCUCUUCUGUUCCCCUCUUGGCAUUGUUCUGAACAGAAGUGAAGGUGAGACCACGACAGAGCUGAAUUGUUGUGAGCGUUAAGAAAGUGGCGUCUUCUUCUUCGAUCAACAUGUUAGAGAAGGAAGCGACAUCUUCAGAGGCCUCGGAUGUUGAAGAAGAGAAGGAUGUUGAAGACGACGAAAAUGAUAAAGAUCUUCUGCUCGCCCAUGAAGAUGAACUCCAUGAAAGUUUCGACAAGAACAAACAAAAUGAUGACGAAAAGCUUGACGACGAAGUAGAACUUCUUAGCGCAGAAGAUGAUGCAGACGAUCAUGAGGACGCAGUCGUAGAUGAUGAUCAAGAAGACCACAAUUUGUCUCUGUUAGAAACUGGUCGUGCUUUGUCUUAUCCAAGAAGUGGUGGAGGUCGUAGUUUCAACGGCUACUACAACGAUAUGGAGGAGAUGAGUCUUGAAGGCAUGGACGAUCAAGACAUUGAAAUGGAUCAAGAUCAUGAUAUAGACAUGGCGACUGAACAGGUGACGAGCUCGAGCAACAAUCUGAUCUUUGACGAACUACAGCAAGGUGGUGAGCAGGACAACUACGAUCGUGUUGAGUCCUCGGAAGAACCUGAUAACUCCUACGCGUCUGAUGAUCAGCUACUGCAACUACAGCAACCUCCACAGAUGAAGCCAGUGUUUGCACACCAACAACCUGGGCAGAUGAUUCAUCCUUCAUCUCGCCAACAUUUUCAUCAGGGACAAAAUUCUCAGCAACAUCCACAUCCAGAAAGUGUAGAGCAAGAACUAAAUCCGCAGCAAAUCCAUGGAGCAGGGAGAGCUGCACCUAGAGGACCACGACAUGCCGCACAACAUCAGGGGAUGCAACAAGGUCGUCCUCUCAAUUCGAAGAAGAGCAGCCAGGUCGUCUCCUUUCGAAAUCAAGGAGGUGUGAAUCCCGCAAUUGCGAGUUUUCCCAUCAAGUCUACUGCAGCGUUGUUGCGAAACCCUAAGCAUCGAGCUGCUGUGACGCGUACGCUGCAACGUUUGCCUACGAAGGUUCGCAGUGACCUCCAAAAGGCUGUCCAUGACUACAGGUUGACACUCGCGCGAAAGAAGGCUGCGAUGGUGCCCAGAAGUAGUUAAGGUGAAAGAUCAUGACAAAAGAACGUCAGCGUCACUUUCACUAGAAUGAAUUGAUUCACAAGAAGCUGGAUGGUUUGUUAUUGUUUAUCGGUAUCCUGGUCACUAGAAUACCUUUCUUGCAAAUUGCGUUUCUGUAGUGUCAACGUCGUCACACUCCUCUACGAGUCCUUUGGUUCUUUUUUCAGUGCCAUCGCCAGGUAGUGUUAUUAGAAUACGAAUAGCCUUCCACUUCCUGCUCUAAGAACAACGUCAGAUGAAAGUGUCGCCGCGGACAACAGGCAGAAAAGGCGUCGCUGAUGAGGAAUCGUCGCCUGGUCUGAUGUACAAGCGUAGUGCUCAAGGCCAGAAGGGAAGCAUGCAAGGACAGAAUCUAGAAGGAGGCGAAAAGGAACAAAGCCGACGCUUUCUGAGACGCGGCAGGUCAAUGCGUCGUGCUGGAGGUCGUGGCACUCUUGGUGGACGUGGUAGACGCAUGGUGAACAGGCAAGGUGGUGCUAGUCGACUCAGGAGAACGAUGAGGAGAGGUGGAGGAAGCAGAAUGAUCAGAAGAGGACAGCAACGACAAGGAAUGAUGACGAGGAGAGGGCAACAACGAGGCAUGCAAAGAGGUCAAAGGAUGAGGAGAGGCCAACUACAAGGUAGAGGACGAAUGAUGGGACGUGGAGGUCGUCGUAGUGCGGGAAAGCAUAUGAUCCGACACACUGGAAGCAGGGUCAUGCCUCCAAGAGGAAGUAGUCCAAGAGGCGCUGCGUUUCCCGCUUCCUCUAGACACUUUGCGUCGAACAAUAGAAUGGCACCAUUUGGUCGACGUGCGCCCCCUAGGUUUCCAGGACGUGGCUCUGCAGGUCGUCGCAUAGCAGGCGCAAGCAUGGUGGAACAAGAUUCCUCUACGCAUGUUGAAGCUACUGCUGCGGCAAAUGCUGGCGGUUCCUCUUAUGGCUAGUAUAAUUUUUCAAUUCGUGAUUGCUGACACGUCGUGAGCGUGACGUCUAAGCGUGGCAGCUAAACAGUAUUAAGUCUAGCUUUUCACUGAACAAUGGUUGGAAUAGGCAUAGUCAGGAGUAGUGUCUGUCGAAAAACAAAAAAGAGGACGACCACAUCAUACUUAGAUUAUUCUUACUUCUAACAGUCGGAAGAGCAAGUGGAUCCACAAUCCUCAAGUAACACGAUGUCCUUAGUGGAAACCUCGGAAGCCACAUCGUAUCCUCGCGAUCAUCCGAGUCACCGCCACCAUCGCAGACAUCGCGUCCGUGUCUACAAGGCUAGAGCACAGCCUGAGUCAUCUCAGCCCCAGCCAGUUCGCAAGACCACGUCGCCCGACGAAAGCAAAGGCAAGAACAAGGAGAUAUCAAUAAAUGUCAAAAUAAAAGGCAACUCCUCAACAAGCAACGCUCUUUCCACUACCUCGGACAUGCUGAAGAAGCAGGGUCUUUCAUCAAACGCUGCAAAGAGUGCUGCUGUUGCUCUCAAACAACAAGUAGAGGGGGAGAACAAAGAACUGAACCCGCGUCUCGAUAGAAACAUGAACAAGAUGAAUGAAAAGAAAGAAGGGCAAGAACAUGAUGAAGAAUAUGUCGUCCGAAAAAUGAAAAAUCAACGACAUCCUAGUGAGCAUCAUCGUCACCAGUCAUCGAGUACUCACGACUCAAUGCCGACGGAUGAGAGCAACAAGCCUACCAGCCACGGCUCGGCCUCCUCUAGAGGUCAGAAGAUGAGCAGUAGCUCUUCAAGAUACAACCAAGAAGAUCGUGAUUCUCUGAAGCGUUAUGCUGAUCAGUACUUAGAAACACAGGUCAGGGAACACGCAAUCGAAAAGGAAGCCAAGGACGAACAGCAGAAGGAACAGCAAGAACAACAGUUACGGUCAGCUUUUAUCCAUCGACUUUUAUCUCAAUCUCAGCAUCUCCAUCAUAGUAUACAAGGGAAAUACAAGGGAUACUAUUAGGAAUACAAGGGAAACAAAAGGGUACUGUACCCUUUUGUUUCCCUUGUAUUCUUUUCAUGUGAAGAAGAGAAGGGGUUGCUCGAGAUGAGGAGACCCAGAUGAAUGAAAACUGGUAACGCUAAAACAGCGCGGCUCAUCUUCCUCGUCCUCCUACGAUCCUCGUGCUUGGAUGUUGAAGCAUCUGUAUGAUCCCUCACCCUCUGAAUCUGCGCUCUCGUAUCACCGAAACUUGCCUUACCCACACGAGCACGAACAUGAUGAUCGCCACGAUGAUGAUCACGACAGGGACGAUGAAGAUCGGGACGAUGAAGACGAAGCAGAUGUCUCAUUUAAGUCACAGAAUUUAAGAAGUACUCCCCUAUUAAAACGCCGUAGGAUUUUUUUUCUGCUGAUGCUCUCGUCUCUACAAUUUUUCUACUUGCCAAUGCGAUUCCAAGAAUUUGUUUCUCUCUCUUCAGGUUCAGCUGUGAAAGAAUGUAAGGCAUGCAGGCACAGCAUGCAUCUUCACUCCAUCUAAUUAGAAUUAUACUCCAUGAUCGUCUAACAGUAAAAGUUUCAAGUUAUAGUUCUAAUCUUGACAGCAGGAGCAGCCGGAGGAUGAAAAGACGUCGAAAUACAAGAAGAUCCGAGUACUUGAAUAGGAAAAGAGCCUCCUCCGAUGACGACAAGCGAGGCGAUGACAACGUUUUUGAUGAAUCAAUGGGAAGCGGUAGCUUUGAUUAUGGUUUACUUUGAUGAUCUUGAUGAUUCAAUGGGAAGUGGUAGCUUUGAAUAUGGUUUACUUUGAUGACUCAAUGGGAAGUGGUAGCUUUGAAUAUGGUUUACUUUGAUGACUCAAUGGGAAGUGGUAGCUUUGAAUAUGGUUUACUUUGAUGACUCAAUGGGAAGUGGUAGCUUUGAAUAUGGUUUACUUUGAUGAUCUUGAUCCAUCUGUCUCGGUAGUAACUACAUCUUCGUACGACCCACGACCCUUUUCCCAUGCUUUGAGCACUAAGAGUUUGUACAACAAUGGAAAUUUAGGGAGUAUUGCUAUUUUAGCAUCGUUUCUUCGGUAUCCUUGUGCUUUAGUAGUAACUGGCCAUAGCAGAGUUCAAGUGAGGUUCUUCAUCUCUUCUGAUGAAUACUACGCUCCCAUAGAAAUUUAAGGAUACUCACUCUAAUUUGGGACAGUUCGACCACCAGCGUCCACAGAAGCGGAUCACUCUCGAGGAAACAACUCUGAUGGUCUCAUGGGUGGCCUUAAUUUAAGAAAUGUUGAAGAUUUGGAAUUGGAUUACAAUGUACAUUGACAUUGACAUGGUUUACAUUACAUUGACAUCGUUCAUAACUGAUUAACAGAGAGACUUGCUACUUCAAGAUCGAGUAGACGCUAGCUUGUGUAUAACUUAUAUAUUAGGUCCUACUCGUCACCUAGUGCUACAGACUACUCGCUAGGGCUACACCUAGUCGAGAAGAUGGAACGAAUUCAAAUUGUGUUUGUGAAUUUCCAAAAGCGAUGAGAUUAAGAGAAACGUCAAUUUCAACUUGAUUCUGCUUCUGCUUCACUAGUCUUAGUCAAUUCAGUUCAGGGAGAGCCAGAGGUAGAGUCUUCACCUUCCAUGCAGAGUUUUGAACUUAGAAGUUGUAGUUUCUUCUUCUAACUCUAGAAACUUCGGCAGGAUCGAAAGCGGUGCCAACUUCUCCACCGCCACCGCCAGCGACCAGUGGCACUGCAGCCCAUCCCGCUCCUGCAGGAACGACAGCGCCACCGGCGGGCACAGGAGGCGGAGCUAAUGUUAUGUCUAUUUACUAUGUACUAGAGAUCCUUGUAGUAGAUCUUGAACUUGAUGUUGAUAUGUACUGGUGGUACCUUUAGUUUCAGUUGAUACACAUACACUUCGUUCUUUUCGCAUGUUCACUUGAUGAGAGGCGUUUAAUUACUUUUACUCUAAUGGGCGAUAGUACUAGAUCAUUGAAUAUUGAAGGCCGCCUGGGGUACGAGUAUGUAGGUACUAGCUUCUCUGAGAUAACACUUCUUCGUCUUCAACAUGAUACAUUACCGCAACCACUCUAAGAAUGGCACCGCAGUUGCCACAAUUGCUGCAGCAGCUCCGGCUGCCACGACUGCACCAGCAGCUCCAGGUGCCACGCCUGCUGCAGCAGCGGCAGCAGCAGCAGGAGGGUCUUACUUCGUAACCAACACAGGUAACACCGGAAAGGGUCAGAGCCACGUGGUGCAGAGCCAGGGCCAACAGCAACAGAUACAAAUUAAGGAAAUCACUGAAGUGCUCUCACAGAAGUAAACACACUACGGGGACGACAAGAAAUUUUUGAGACCUCCUGAAGAAUGAAAUUCUAUCUUUAAUCAAGCUGGCGUCGUGUCUAUGCAGGGUCAGAGCGGCCAGCAGAUACCC